AGAAGGCCCAAAAUGGGCCUUCAUUUGCUGUUGCUGUAUAAAGAUGAGAUGCCUGCGGCCAUUUGCUCCUGCCUUUGUGAUUCACGUGAUCUUGCGGUUCUUCGACAAAACUGAUCAGUUAUAGCUAUUCCCACAGAAAUUCUUCUGCUUUUGUUUCUUCAGAGAGAUCGGUCUCUCUGUUUAAGUCACUCCUUGUUUCUCUUCUGGAUUCUUCUCUUCUCUCGAACUUGAGAUGGAGUCGACUUCUCCUGAAACCCUUGCCAAGCAGCUCACAUGCGAUGAUGGCGACGACCAUCAUCGGUAUUACGAGGAAGAUGACGAUGACAGCAGUGGGUAUGGCUCCCUCACGCGGAUGAGUUCGGCCAGAUACCUCAUGGACGAUGAUCACAGCGAUGAUGGUGGCGAUGAUGCUAGAAGGAUAUGCAUGUCUCGCUUGUCCAUCUGCAACAGUACCAGGUCCCCCUUGUCUGACGACUAUGGCGACGACGAUCAAUGGAAGCCUCAAUACGAGUCAGGAGACGCAGAUGGGGAACUCUCGGACAAGAAAGAAAGUGAGAAGGAAACGGGGACAAGGACUACGUCGGAUUCCGACAUCGAACCCAGCAAGAAACCGGGCAGAGAUGUGUCGCUUAGGGGCGACACUCUGGACCCCUUGAGGAGGAUGCAAGCCGACCCACUGAGCAAGCCCAUCGAAGCCAAGAACUACGCGAGCGAGAACGACGUCGCAGAGGGCAGCCUCAGAGGAAACCGGCGAAGGAAGGGAGGGUACAGAGCGAGGGUGAAGAAGGAGAAGGUACUAGAGAAGGCGUGGGAGAUGAAGAAGACGAUGAUGAUGUUGAUGGCAGGCGGCGAUUACAACGACGACUGUGAGGAUGGUGGCAACGAUCACCAGUCGAUGCCAUCGACGCCAAAGAGCACGGGAUGCACGUACAUGGACAUGGACGAGUUGAAGGCGUGUCGGGAUCUCGGGUUUAAGGUCGACGGCUCGAGUGUGAGGAGCAGGCUUUCGUGUUCGACCAUUGACACCAACAGCAGCGCCGGCACCUCGCCCAUCGCCAACUGGAGAAUCUCCAGCCCAGGGGAUGACCCAACUGAUGUGAAGGCGAGACUCUUAGUGUGGGCGCAUGCGGUGGCCUCCACAGCUCGACUCUGCAAUUGAUUUUUUUCUGAAUGUAGAUUCGAAUGACAGAUUGUCCCACAAGGCUUCAGUCUGUAAUUAUUUAGUGUGAGUGUGUGCAUGCACCCGCAUGGACCAGUGCAUGCAUGCGUAUACGAGUGCGUGAGUGUGUGAGAGAGAGAGAAAGAAGCCAUGGAAGCCAACAUUGUGUUCAGGGUAAGACAUGUUUGAUGUCCUCGGCGCUCACACAGUGAUUGAGCUGGGUGGUUGUGGAGGAAAGGCAUAAUUAACGGCCACACCGUCGUAGCACAAAGUGGUCUUGUCCUCUAAUUUGCUUAAUAUCCGAGAUAUAGAAGGUUCGCCACUGAAGGUGAUCCUGCAACUUUUGCUUUUCUGGAAAAAGAAAAAGGAAAAUAAGUUCUCAUGAUUUUAGGUAGCUAGAUCCUUGAUUGUAACCAGGGUAAGUAUCCUGGAUGAUUUUGUUACUACCCAUUGUACAUAUUACCAGUAUAUGUUCAUGAAUGUUUAUGGUGCCGUGAAAGCAGCGGAGUAAUUGAAA